AUGUCUGCGGGUAGCUUGGACCUUGCAGAGGGAAAUGCCCUGACAAAGUUACAGCCUACAAAAGUGAACAAUUUAAGUAUGAUGGACAAAAAACUGAAUCUCUUGAAUGAAAAGAUGGACAAACUGUUGCAUUUCCAAGAAGAUCUGACAGGCAAACUGCAGCGAGUUAACAAAGGCAUUGAUGAUGUAGAAAAAGGCAUUAACAAGCUAACAGUAUCCCGAGCAGCUCCUGAUGAGACAGAUGCAAUGAAAAAAGGCCUGAAGGUAUCGGACAGUACUCACCAGACUGAUAUCCAGAGCAUGUGCUCAGAAGUGUUGAAAUUGAUGAAAGCUGCCCAGCUAGAUGCCUCGAAGCAUAAGGAGAGGCUGACAAAGAUAGAGAAAAGGGUUGAUACACUGGAUAAAGUUAUUACAUUUGUGGGAGAAGUAUUAAAAAAUUCUAAAGUAGUGGAUUUUAUUCUCAAAGGCAUUGUGCCCUGGAAGAAGGGGAGUCUGCUGGAAAUCCUUGUUGAGGCCAAAGAUAAGCCCGAGGAGAGUGGUGCAAAACCUAAGCAUGUGCUUAGUAACACAGGAACCCAAACUGAAAGCAAGAAGCCUCUGGAAGAGACAAAAAGUGGGAAAAAGCUGGAUGAAAGCAAGGGAGCAUGUGUGAAGGUGAACACUUCUGGUGCUGUAGCUCACAAAGCUGACUCCAAAUCCCAAGUCAAAGAGAGGACAGCGCAGCAGCAAGUAGUAGAAGGUGCUGGCAAAACACACAGCUCUAAGAGUUGUCAACAGCAAAAGGACGUUGGUGUCAAAGCUUUGAAUCAACACAACGGUCUUCCCUUUGUAAAUCAAGAUCAUGUAGGCAACCAAAAUGUUCCUGCUAAAGUACAUGAUAUGGACAGAGCCCCACGCCUAGAUGAGUGCCACAGGCAGCUUGUUCAUCAGAAACUCAGAGAGAAUGAAAACAAACCUCCAUUGUCAAGUGCGGCAUCCCAGGAAGCUGUGCCCUCCACAUCCCGGGCUAUAUCUGACACAGGGUGUGAAGUGACACAUACCAGGAUAUCCAUCAAUGUACAUAUGACUGAAAUGAAAGAAAAGAUUGAGAUGACCAAGGAAGGAAACUUAAAUGAUCACAGAGGUAAAAGUCCCAAAGUAAAAUCCCCCUUCUCCACACCAGCAGAAGUGGAAGGAGUCAAACAGCUGGCUGACAAAUUAAAACUUCAACAGAGUCCUAAAAACAUCAGCACUGAGACAAAUCAAGAAGUGAAAGGGGACAAUAAGCAAAAUGAACUUGCACCUCAAACAGGGAAGCAACAGCCAUUACUGAGCAAGCCCAAACCAGGUAAAAAGGCUGAAGAGAAAUCAGAAUUAAAAUGCAAGCCCAUAACCUCACAGAAUACGUCUGCAAAGGAGCCUACAAAAGGUGUGGGGGUAGAAGUGAAAAUCCAUCAAGUAACAGCAAAAGCAGAAGAAUCCCUGACAGAUACCAACUCUGAGAGGAGAGAAUCUGAGUCUGCAUCUUCAGGGGGAAGUGAAAAUGAUGCUUGUCAGCGUACAGGAAUGGCAGCAGAGAAGACGAAGUCAUUGGAAGCUAGCAAAGAGCUUCCCACACAGGAUGAAAUGAUCGUUGAUGACAGCCCUUCUCCUCCGGCUCCUUUCGAACAUCGCAUAGUGAGUGUCAAGCAAACAGAGGUGACAACGUGCUACUCGGUGUGUCGUCAUGAAGUACUAGGAGGGGGGCGUUUUGGGCAAGUUCACAAGUGCACGGAAAUAUCAACUGGUCUCAACCUGGCAGCCAAAAUCAUAAAAGUGAAAGGAGCAAAAGAGAGGGAGGAAGUAAAAAAUGAAAUUAACGUCAUGAACCAAUUAAAUCAUGUGAAUCUGAUCCAGCUUUAUGAUGCUUUUGAAGCCAAAAAUAAUAUCACUUUGAUCAUGGAAUAUCUUGAUGGUGGUGAAUUAUUUGACCGGAUCACAGAUGAAAACUACAAUCUAACUGAGUUGGAUGCAAUCCUAUUUACCAAACAGAUUUGUGAAGGAGUUCACUACUUGCACCAGCAUUAUAUUCUCCAUUUAGAUCUGAAGCCUGAAAACAUACUAUGUGUAAAUCACACAGGAAACCAGAUUAAAAUUAUUGACUUUGGAUUAGCAAGGAGGUACAAACCUCGUGAGAAACUGAAGGUAAAUUUUGGAACUCCAGAGUUCUUGGCUCCUGAAGUGGUGAACUAUGACUUUGUUUCCUUCCCAACAGACAUGUGGAGCGUAGGCGUCAUCACGUAUAUGUUGCUUAGUGGCCUGUCCCCAUUCCUGGGAGAAACUGAUGCAGAGACAAUGAAUUAUGUAGUCAAUUGCAGCUGGGACUUUGAUGCGGAAGCAUUUGAACAGCUAUCGGAGGAAGCUAAAGACUUUAUUUCCAGACUACUUGUGAAGGAGAAAAGCUGCCGGAUGAGUGCAAUGCAGUGUCUGAAGCACGAGUGGUUAAACAAUCUACCUGCCAAAGCCAGGAAGUCCAAGCUUCGCCUGAAGUCGCAGUUGUUGCUGCAGAGUUACAUGGCUCACAGAAAAUGGAAGAAACAUUUUUAUGUGGUGGCUGCUGCUAACAGGCUGAAGAGAUUUCAGAGUAUGUCUGUCAAGCUUGCUUAAGUUUGUAUGAAGCAUCUACCACUCUUGGAGAUGGACAUGAAGCCAUGGAAGAAGGACUCAGCGUCUUCAAUAAUUUCUACCCCUUUGUUUUAUAACAUAAGCUUUUGGGUCUGUCCUCCUCAAAUAUUAUGUGUGUUAGUGCUAAGGUUCCAGAAGUGCCUCAAGGAAGAGGCACUGAAAUAAUUUCUAAAAGCAGAAGCUACCUUGUUUGUUUUUACAAGUUUUUAGUUGUCUUACAUAGUGAUGGAAAAACAUGGCUGUUGUUGGGGCUGACUUCUUGUUGAAGGCUUUGAUUCUGCAGAGUAUUAUUGGUGUGUUUGCACCCGAAAACACCUUGUCAGUUUUCUGGUUUCUCACACCAAGCAUGGGAUCUCUAAAGACUUUCUUCAUGACUGAUGUAUGUCAUCAAUUUUAGAGCACUGCCACAACAGUGGCACAAUUUUUCCCUUGGGUGUUUGUUACUUAGAACAAAAGAUAUCGGAUAUCCUUCUGUAAUUUUUUCAAAAAGAUUAAUUUUUUUUCCCCCAAACAUGAUGAUGAUUUAGUGCAGCUACUCAAAGUUGAAUGGUUUUGGUUAGUCGUUUGGUUUUUUUAUUCUACUCUCUCCUUUAAAAAAAUAGUCACUGCAUAGUUAGGAAAUAUGAGGAAUCCUGGUUUGAAGCAACUUAAGUAAGUCGGUCCAGUGCUGCUUUUUCUUAUGGUGAGUUGAAUUGAGCUGAAUUGAUGGAACUUUUGGAAGGAGAUAGGUGAAACUGCCACAAAUACAAAUCACCUAAUGACCGUUGGGUCUAUGCAAAAAGAUCUCAUGUUGUCCAGAAACGAAGAGACUUCCAGACAUCGUUUUCUAUGUAUUUAAAACUUGUAAGUGCUUCUCAUUGGCUGUGACUGCAGCCCUUAAUUUUCUAAGUUUUAGUUUGAGGAUUUUUUUCUCCUCUCUGACAAUUCUAGUGACAUCUGAGAAGUUGAUAUGGUGUGAUAUGCAAAAUAGGUUUUAUUGCUGUUCAGUGGCAGGGAAACGGUGUGUUGCUGGACUCUGCCUUUAGCCCAGUUAGGAGGUUGAAGCCCUUUUUUCCCCCCACUUUGCUCUUGAACAUUAAAUGUUUUCUUCACAAUACUAACUUAUUUUGGAUUUUAAACUUUUUCCUGAUGUAUAAAGAGUUGGAGCCACUUACAAUCUCUCAGCUAAAAGUAUAACAUUAUUUAUUAUAUGUGUGGUUUCCUUUAUUCCUGUUCUAGAUUCUGCAAAACUCAGUGUGAGCUGGAUGGGCUCUUAGGGAAAAAAAGAAACUAAUACUACUAAAACUAGCUUUCCAGCAAAGGCAUCAAACCACUGUAAAGCUCCCUUUAACUUUACGGACUUUGACGUCCCUUGAAUUAGCAAAAGUGUUGGUUGCUAAUAAAGAGGUCUGUAAGACUGGCUUACUCUAGUCUAGUUAUCUUUUCUACUCUAGUGCUUCUCACUUUGCAUAGUCCUGAAUUCUGGACUUCUGCAGCAUUUCCAGAAUUGAGACAGAGAAGAAUUAUUAAAAUCAAGUGAAAUAAUCUUGACAAUGUAUCACCUUCUGUGAAGGCCCACUUUUGUUCAUGUUUUCCUUCCACGGUGGUUCUGCAUGCUAAAUGUGAUUAUAUUAAUUGGUCUGUAUAUUUGUGAAUUAAUACUAAUAAAUUCCAUUAAAGUG